GCGAGUGGCUGUUUCUGUUUGUUUGUUCCAGUUCUAGUCUCGAUUUCCCUAGGAGACAUGGUUUUCAUGAAGCAAGUGUGACCCUGAAGUCGAGCCUUGCAGCACAGCCUGACACCCAACUGGGCAGGGAGAGCACCAUGGAUGGCAUAAUUGAACAGAAGAGUAUGCUGAUGCACAGCAAAAUUAACAAUGCUGGCAAGAGGAAUGGCUUAAUUAAUACCAAAACCUUUAUGUCUGAGAACAGAGAUGGCCUGGUGUCUCUUUACCCAGCACCCCAGUACCAAAACUGCCGGCUGGUGGGCAGUGAAGCAUCAGCCACCCUGGAUGACAGCAUGAAUGAGUCAGUCCAGCAGCUGCUGGACCCCAACACCCUUCAGCAGUCAGUGGAGUCCCACUACCAUCCCAACAUCAUCCUCUACUCGGAGAGCAUGCUGCGUUCCUGGAGGGAUGGCAUGGCUGCUGACUGCUGUGAGACCACAUUCACUGAAGAUCAAUCACCCACCAGAGAGAGCCUGGAGUACCUUGAUGGAAAGUUUAUUGACCUCUCAGCUGAUGACAUCAAAAUCCACACCCUCUCGUAUGAUGUGGAAGAGGAAGAGGAAUUCCAGGAGCUGGAGAGCAACUACUCCAGUGAUACAGAGAGUGAGGACAACUUUCUCAUGAUGCCACCACAGGACCACCUGGGCCUCAGCGUCUUUUCCAUGCUCUGUUGCUUCUUGCCUUUGGGCAUUGCAGCCUUCUAUCUGUCCCAUGAGACCAAUAAAGCUGUGGCCAAAGGGGACUUUCACCAGGCCAGCACCAGCUCUCGGCGGGCCCUGUUCCUGGCUGUGCUCUCUAUCACAAUAGGAACUGGCAUCUAUGUGAGUGUGGCCGUGGCCCUCAUUGCCUACCUCUCCAAGAACAAUCACCUAUGAGCUUCUUCUGGGCACACGGGAAGAACUUGGGGCCAGUUUUGUGCAGAUGGAAAGCAAGCAGGGCUGGCAAGAGAGAAACACCUGUGUGAUGCUGUAUAAUAUAAAUUAUUGCCAAACAACUCCAUAUACCCUGAAAUU